AUGCUGUGCAUAAUAGCCACCAACCAUGCGCCUUGCCGCUCGGGACCUCAGGCGCGCCGCGCGGCCAAGUGCAGCGAGCUGGCGGCGGGGCAGUGCCAGUGGGUCUCGUCGUUCGAGCUGGGGCUCAAGGCGGACCCGAAAGGGAGGGGCGCGUGUCUGCACAGGGACGUCGCCCGCAAGCACCCCGACAAGCGUGCAGAUUUCCUGGUUCACCUGCGCCAGCUCAGGCCGGACAUUUGGGGCGACUGCCCGAACGCGAAGGCGUACAAAAGGAUUACCACGGGCUCGAAUUCCCUGCCUCUCCUGGCAAUCCUUAGCAAGAACAACGUGCGGACCGCCACCCUCGCGUGCCGCCUGCACAGCGGCAGCCCGUCCGGCUGCCUGGCAGCCGGCGCGGCCCACGUGUUGAUCAGCGGCGCCGUCAUCAAGGGGCUCCUAGCGGGGGACUUUUCGCUGCUUCCGAGGAAACCAAACCCCGCUUUCGAAAAGCGGUACGGGGACCUGCUGCACUCACAUAAAAACACCGAAAAGGAGAUCGCGGUCGAGCUAGCGGAGCAAGGCGGCCCUGGCGGCAUCGACGCUGGCGACGGGUCGUUUGCCGUGCACACGGCGAACGACCAGGGCGCAGAUGCCCCCGGCCAGCAGCGGCAGCUGGCCGGCCCAGGCGCCGGCGCGGGCGGCUCGAUCGUGCUGUCGCUGGAGGACCCCUCGUUCUUCGCCGACCCGACCUUUUCGGUCCGGCAGGCGCAGCUGCCAGGGCGCGUGGCUAUCGAGCAGACGGACCACGCGCACGCGCCUGCUUCGGCGCUCCUGCACGGCGGCCAUGGGCCCUGGCUCGUGCUUGCCGGGGCGCUGGGCUGCUACGUGGCGGCGGUAGCCGCAUACAAUGUCUUUGGUGACCAGUGGAGGCAGGCCAGGACAGCUGACAGGCGCAAAUAG